GGGACGGCACUGCAGAAGCAGGCGAGUUCGUGAAUGUAUCGAUUUUACGAUCGUGCCUCUCUCGCGGUGCUAGUGCGUCCGUCGUUUCCUUUAGGUUUUUAGUGGCCGUACGUGUUGUACAUGGAUAAAAUCGUGAAUGGGAUUACCCGCUAAACACAUUCCGUACACCGCCCGCUGACUCGCAACUCCUCGCAACACCCUUCACCAUGACCAAGGAUAGAUUAGCAGCCCUCGUCGCGGCCCAAUCGGACGAGGACGAUGUGGCGGACGACGUGUCUGUCAACGUCGGGGCGCAGGAUGAUUUCAUGACGGAGUUUUUCGCGGAGGUAGAAGAAAUCCGCGAAAUGAUAGAUAGGAUCCAGACAAAUGUAGAAGAUGUGAAGAAAAAACACAGCGCCAUUCUCUCCGCGCCGCAGACCGAUGAGAAGGUGAAACAAGAACUCGAAGACCUGAUGUCCGACAUCAAGAAAACUGCUAACAAAGUGAGGGCUAAAUUAAAGGUCAUAGAGCAGAACAUCGAACAAGAGGAACAUACGAAUAAAUCGUCCGCGGAUCUGAGGAUACGCAAGACUCAGCACUCGACGUUGUCUAGGAAGUUCGUCGAAGUGAUGACGGAGUACAAUCGGACACAGACCGAUUACAGGGAGCGGUGUAAGGGGAGAAUACAACGACAGCUCGAGAUUACGGGGAGAACGACCACUAACGAGGAACUCGAGGAGAUGCUGGAGCAAGGGAAUCCAGCCGUCUUCACACAAGGGAUCAUUAUGGAAACGCAACAAGCAAAACAGACUCUUGCGGACAUCGAGGCACGUCACGCUGAUAUCAUUAAACUUGAAAACUCCAUCAGGGAGCUACACGACAUGUUCAUGGACAUGGCUAUGUUGGUCGAGAGUCAGGGCGAGAUGAUAGAUCGCAUAGAGUACCAUGUGGAACACGCGGUGGACUACGUGCAGACGGCCACGCAGGACACCAAAAAAGCACUCAAGUAUCAAAGCAAAGCCCGACGGAAAAUGAUCUUCAUCAUAAUCUGCGUCCUAAUAUCGGCGGUUAUACUAGUCGCCAUAAUCGUAGGGUUCCUUCCGAAAGCCUAAAACGGGCCAAGGGGGGAUGUUAUUUCUGUCGGGAGAAGGAAGAGAAGCUUUGAAAUCUCACAAGAAAAAGGCAGAAAGAGAAAGGGGAAAAAUAACCGAGUGCAAUUGCGGCAGCAAUUUACGUCGCAAAUAAUAAUUAAAAAAAAAAUAAUAAUAUUAGUAACAUUAAAAAUAAUAUAAAUAAAUAGAUAAUAAUGUGCAGAAAAAAAACCUUAGUUGCGCGAUCAGCUCGGGAGAGAAACGCGUGAGAUCGAAUGUGCAGUGUAAUCGGAAAAGACAUGCGGAAUGCAAUCUGGUGGCGGUUCUUACAUCGAGAGCUGUAUCCCAAAAAUUGCACGUGCAUACUAAAAAAAAAAAAAACUAACAAACAAAAAGUCUAAGAAAGAGAGACAUAAUGCAAAUAUGUUAACGAAACGUGUAUCCCGCGUCGAUCCCACAAUAACACGUGUCUCUCCGCAGUCUCUCAAGUCAAUAAUCUUCCAACUAAUCUCUCUGUAACGAACGACUCGUUUCAUUAAAAUCAAGUGAACUUUAUCGCGCUACUCGACGUUUUUCCGGAUACAUGCAUAUAUAUAUAUAUAUAUUGAAGUAACGACAUAAGAUGUGAUUGCGAUUUUUUGCUGUGAUGCGAUAUAAUCUUGUGAUUUCCCGUUGUCUUGUCAGUUUGUUUU